AUGGUGCGGAAGGGCCGCGUCAAGGACAACGUCGCUGGCGAGCGCUAUGACUCGAACGCCAGAUCUCUUAACCAGCCGCCGCCCUCGAGUCACUCAAGGCCUCAACCCAAUGGGGGCAACAUGGGGGACCUCAUGGGGAUGUUCGGCGGGUCCGGUGGCGGUGGCGGCGGGAUGCCGGAUAUGUCCCAAAUGAUGGAAAUGAUGCAGGGAAUGGGUGGAAUGCCCGGAAUGGGUGGAAUGCCCGGAAUGGGUGGAAUGGUUCCACCUAUGGAUGCUAUGCGUCCCACGGUUAUUUACGCUUACGGACUGGCCGAGGGUAGUCCUACCUCGACGUUCUAUACGUUUUACCCCAACUACUUGGACAGCAAGCGAACGGUGCAGCAAGGACGGCGCAUCCCCAAGUCGAUGGCCUGUGAGGCUCCAAUUGCUGAUGAAAUGUCAGAAGUGUGCACGUUCUUGAAGCUGCCACACGUGCUGGAGCCGACCAAGAAGUACCCACGGGACUGGCUUGUGGCUGGUCGCAUUCGCGUGCGUCUCGUGCGUGGGGAUGGCUCGCUGGAGAACCCUGAGCUUCCCAACCGCAAGGCGUUAAUGCUCAGGAUGGCCGACUUGAUCCCAAAGCUGCAGUCCCGCAAGGUGCGGUUAGAGAAGGAAGCUGAGGAGGCCAUAACUAAGGCAGCAACAGCUGCUGCUGGCGGAGUCACGACGCCCUCUAGUGGCGGAAAGAAGAAGGGGAAGAAGAAAGGCAGGAGAUAG